AUGGUUGAUACGGAUGUAGAGAAAUGGGAGAAAAAGAAAGCUGGAGUGGUAGUGUCUACGACGGUCAACGUGGACGGACAUGUCCUGGCUGUGUCCGAUAACAUGUUUGUACACAAUAACUCUAACCAUGGGACGCAGAGCUCGCAGCUGGACCCGUCUGAAGGCACUCCGUCAUACCUAGAACACGCUACUCCUUGCAUUAAGGCCAUCAGUCCCGAGAAGGCCUGGACGACAGGGGGUGCCACAGUCAUCAUCAUUGGUGAUAACUUCUUUGACGGCCUACAGGUCAUUUUUGGCACCCAUGCUGGUCUGGACUCAUUACCCCCUCACGCCCAUUCGAGUGCAGACUCCCUCCCAGACACAUUCCCGGGGGGUGUGGAGGUCACUCUGUCCUACAAGUCAAAGCAGUUCUGCAAAGGUACACCAGGCAGAUUUAUCUACACAGCACUGAAUGAACCCACAAUUGACUACGGUUUCCAGCGGCUACAGAAGGUGAUCCCUAGACACCCAGGCGACCCUGAGCGCUUACCAAAGGAGGUGAUUCUGAAGAGGGCAGCAGACCUGGUGGAAGCUCUGUAUGGGAUGCCACACAAUAAUCAGGAGAUCAUUCUGAAAAGAGCAGCAGAUAUUGCAGAGGCACUCUACAACGUCCCACGUGGGCACAACCAGCUGCCAGGUCUGGCUAACAGCUCAGUCCAUGCUGGUAUGAUGGGAGUCAACUCCUUCCACAGCCAGCUCGCUGUUAACGUCUCUGAGUCCACACAAGGAGCCAAUCAGGGUUUCAGUCGAAACACAAGCAGUGUGUCCCCUCACGGUUACGUACCCAGCACGACACCCCAGCAGAGUAGCUACAGUACUGUCUCUACCAAUAUGAAUGGAUACGGUAACACAGGCAUGACCACGCUGGGAGGCUCGCCCAACUUCCUCAAUGGCUCUGCUGCCAACUCUCCUUAUGCCAUUGUUCCUUCCAGUCCCACCAUGGCCUCCUCCACCAGUCUUCCCUCCAACUGCAGCAGUUCCUCAGGCAUCUUCUCUUUCUCUCCGGCCAACAUGGUGUCUGCAGUCAAACAGAAGAGCGCUUUUGCUCCCGUCGUGCGGCCCCAGGCCUCGCCACCCCCCACCUGCACCAGUGCCAAUGGAAACGGCCUUCAAGUAGAUCAAUCUUUUGUGGACUCUAGCAAGUACUCCACCGCCAACUCCCUGCAGGGACUGGCCUUCUCCUGAACGAUCCCAGGGAUGAUUGUUCCUCCCAUGUAGGGGCUCCUGGACUGCUGAAGAGACACAUUUGAUUUCAGCUCUCAUUAGAGAAUCUACGCUCUGAGCUGAAGGCAAUUUCUGGUGGAGACAUGAAAACUGAACUUUUAAAACUCAGGCCUUUUGACAAAGGAAUCUCAAUUUAUGGGAAGAAAGUGUAUGUUUGCUUUUGUUUUUAAGCUAAUUUCUGGACUGCUCUACUAAAGGACUUUCCUCCCCCCAUGUUUUGCCCAUGCAGAAAGGAGAGAUGGAUCUCCAUUUUAUUAUAUUCAUGGGCUUUUUUGAUGAAUUUAAUUAAUUUUACAGACUGUAUCACACAAACACGACACUUUAGGAGCGGGUGCAUUCCUAAUGUUUCUGAGAGCAGUUACAGUCAACAGCACAGAUCUCUGUUAAUACUGACCAGUUUUUAUAUGAACAGACACAUUCGUGAAAAAUCCAAAUGAGAAUAUUUAGGCCAACUGUUUGAGUACAGAGAAGAAGAAGGGAGGGGUUUUUUUUUUUUGUCCCAGAGAGAAGCCAACAAAUAGUUUGCCAUAAUGUUGUUUGUUUUGAAAUUGAAAUUGUAGCGCCAUACUCACUUCCCAAUGGUUUUUUUUUUUUGUUUGUUUUGUUUUUUUUUUACAAAGCAUCUGGGUACCAGUCGGUUUGAAUGGCUAUGAUGUAGAAAAGUUAUUUAAGAGUUAAUAAAUGCUGUCAUGCAAUGUCAAGAUUCAUCCUCAAAGAGAAGAAAAAGCGACCCAGUUUCUACAACAAAUCAGUAUUUAUGUUCAUGCAAAUAUUUGCUGCUAAAUAGAGCAGAGAUAUGCAGUAAACAGAUGGACUGAAGGAAAGAACCCCUUAGUUGCAAUGCCAUUUAAUAAAAAAAAAAAAAAAAAAAAAAAAAAAAUUGAAUUUUAUGUGUGCUCAAGGAAUGUGAGAAUUUGUUUUUGCUUUUAAUUUUUGUUUUUCCUUUGUCUAUGAAAAAUGAAACUGUGAUAUAUAAAUUUUAAUGUGUUUGGCUUGCUGUGUUCACUAGUGAAGGAUGUAGGUUAAAUGAAGUAUAGGAAGUAUACAAUUUCAGAGCCGACUGUUAAAACAACCCAUUUUUCCUUUUUUGUGUGUUUCUUUGGCUUCUUUUGGAGGACAUGACUUGAAUUAGCAAAGUAUUUUCAUGUUUAGACAGCACUGUAUGAAGAAUGCUUUCCAAAUGUGUCAAACACCUAACAUACAGCAGUUUGAUUGGCUCACUUUGGUAGUCGUCUAUUUUUGUAUAUAUACUUUCUGUUGCCAAAGUCUUUGUUUUAUUUGUAUUUAUCUCAGAAUGGCUUUAGGCAGCUCAUAAUAACACGGAUGUUCAGUUUAUUGCAUAAAUUACAUAAAAUCUCAUAAACUCAGCAAACACAAACCAUGGAUUCUGGACAAAAAGAGGGGAGUCUCUGUAAAAUAUCCAUAUAAAUAAUGUAUGUAUAUCCAGAUUUUGUAUAUUGCUUUUCUCCCCAAAUUUACUUUGAUUGUGUAAGGUUUGUCGUGAUUGUUUGUCCAUCUGUUCGCUUUCAUCACCGGCAUUGUCUUUAUUGUUAAUGUUUUUGUUUGAAUUUAGAUCCAUGUUUUGUAUCAUGUCAAACUUCCAUUUUUUUUUUUUUUUUAUGAGUUCUAUUCGUAAAAAGCCAUUGUCUAUUUUUGUAUAAUUUGUAAGUUCAUUGUUUUCCUUUUGAAUUUUUUUAAUGUAUGGCAAAAAAGUAGCAUCUCACAGCAUUUAGUUAUGUAGAUUUUUUUUUUAAAUAUAUAAAUAUAAAUAUAUGAUGAUAUAAAUCUAUAUCUUUUCUUUGAGGCUUACAGAACCUGUACUGUUGUAAUAAUAUGCAUGGGCUCUUCUCUGAGAGUGAUGGUUUUAUUUUGCGUGUCAAGCCUAGAAGGACGUUUUCGAUGAAGUUUUAAUCUAUGUUCUUUUUAGUCUUUUCUUUCCUCUUUUAUUUAUCUGAUUAUUUAUGCCUGCAUAUAGAUCUGUCUAUUCCAUUAUCUCUCUCACGUAUUUCAGUACCAGCAGUAUAGAUGCCUUAACAAUGCAAACCCAUAAGCGUACAAUCCCUUGUACAGACUUUACAACCACCACUACCAGUAACAGUAGCCACAGAGUUCCUUAAGGGGUUUCUUUCCAGAAAAAAAGCACAAAUCGGUCUGUUUUACUUAAAGCGAGGAGGGUUAAAUGAAUUAUUUGUCCUUUUUCUGUUGUUUGUAUAAUGAAGGAAAAUGAGAGGGAACCUGAAGGAUUAUAAAGAGAGACUAUAUGAUUUAUAUUUUAUGUAAUGCUAGUGCAAUUGGUUGCACUUUCUCAUUAAUUUAAAGCAAAAGGCUGCCUUUUUUCAGUCGUUUGUCUGCUGCGUUCACAACCGGGAGAGAAGCUCAAAGCCAUAUUCUACAGUGUCACCGUUCGCUCUGAAGUGGAUGUUCACUUUAGCUGGAGGUGCAUGCGAACCUGCAUGUUUUGGGUCGUGCCACAGCACUUUGUAAGGUACCACUGAUGAAUUUCUCACCCAGAGCAAAGUGACUCGAUAUCAGAGCACAAUGCCUUGCCCCUGGAGCUGAGGUUCUGACUCCCAGUCUGUAACUCUGUCUAAUUCUACUGUCAGCCGAAUCAGCCCUCGAUGAUCGGUCUUCAGGGCUCUUUCAUGAAUGGUUGAAGUGCUGUCUCCUGUAAUGUGUGUUUGAAAUCUGCCAUCUAACAGAAAAAUGGCUUUUAAUAUGCUAAUGUGUGAGGACUUUUUAUCAGAAAUGACUGACCAUUCACGAUGUUUUUCUUUUCCAUAUGUUGCUGUUAUGCGAUGGUUACUUUGUUAGUGGCUCCAUCGCAAUGAAUAAGAUGGACUUCUUAUAAAAUGACAAGCAUUUGAUAGGACAAAAGACUCAAACCUUUUUGACUCAAACCUGGUCUCCUUUUUUUCCUGCCUACUAUUCUUGUGUUUGUUUGUUUCUGGGUUUUUAUUUUUUAUGUUUUUUGGACUAGAUACACACUGAACCAUUCUAUUGAUAGGAAAACUCAAGACAAAACUACUGUAUAGAUUGUUUUCAUUUUUGAUGAAAGCUGUAAAAUAACUUUUCAAAGUUCACAAUAUUAAAUUAAAGUUACUUCUUG